AUGGCCGGCUCUCAGCUCAAACGACUCAAGUCCUCCCUCAAGGAGCAGGGGAUUAUUGGGCCCCAGAAGUCCAAGAAGCAGAAGCGUCAGUUCGCUCAGGAAGAGAAGGCGAAGAAUGACAAGCGCUUGCAGAAGAGUGCGGCACUCGGCCAGAUCCGAGAACAGUUCAAUCCUUUCGACCUGAAGCACAACCCGAGAGGACCCAAGUUCGAGGUCACAAGCAACCGACCCCCAACUGGAGCCGCGGCAAAGGGAAUCAAUGGUCGUCCCGGUGUUGCAAAGUCUCUUGGCGAGCAGAGGCGCCGAGAGACCCUGCUCGUCGAGAUGCAAAAACGUCACAAGGUUGGCGGAAUCCUCGAUCGUCGAUUCGGUGAAAACGACCCGGCAUUGGCCGAAGAAGAGAAAAUGAUCGAACGUUUCGCACGGGAGAAGCAAAGAACACACAAAAAGACAUCCCUCUUCGACCUCGAAGAGGCUGAGCCGCUCGGUGAAUUGACACAUAUGGGCCAAUCAAUCAACUUCGACGAAAUGGGAAUUGUGGACGACUUUGACGAGGACGACCUCAAGGGCUAUGAAAGCGACGACUCCGAUAUGUUGGCCAAGAGGAUGAAGCGCGCCCGCGCCGCCGAAAUGGGCGAGGACGACGCAGGCGAAGAACAGCCCGAGAGGAAAAAGUCGAAAAAGGAGGUCAUGGAAGAGGUCAUCGCAAAGUCGAAGAUGCACAAGUACGAGCGUCAGGUCGCAAAGGACGAGGACGCGGACCUGCGAGAGGAGUUGGACAAGGAACUGCCCAACCUCCACGCGCUGCUACUCUCUCACGGCAAAAACGAUACCGCGAAGAACGAAGAGUCGGCCAGACUGAUUGCUGGAGUCGACCGGGCUACUUUCAACAAGGACUUCGACAUGCGCCUCAAGCAGCUCGUUCAGGAUCGCAGAGCCGCGCCCGCCGACCGUACAAAGACGGACGAAGAGAUGGCGGAGGAGCAGUCUAAGAGACUGAAAGAGCUUGAGGACAAGCGCCAGAAGAGGAUGAACGGAGAGGCAGUCUCGAGUGACGAGGAAGACGAGGACGAAGAGAUGGAAGACGAACCCGAGGACCAGCCUGACUUCGAGUUCAUUCCUGAGGAGAAGGACGAGGACUUUGGCCUCGGACAAGGUAUCAAGACACGACCCACUGCAACGGAGCUUGGAUUUGAUGACGAGGACGACUUCAUCAUCGACGACGACUUGGUCGCCAGCGGUUCAGAUCUUGAACUUGUCAGCGAAGAGGAGGAGGAUUCGGACGAGGAAAAUGAGGGCGAGGAAGAGGACGACGAGGAUGAUGAGUUCACCAAGGGCCUCCUUAACGAAGAGGAAGCCAAGAGCUCUAUCUUCACAAAUGCACCUGCGGGCGGAAAGAUGGAAGUGGACGGCGAGCUACCGUUCACAUUCCCAUGUCCGCAGAGCUACGAAGAACUCGAGGCACUGGUGCAGAAAUACCCAAGCGACAAGCUGCCCACAAUCGUCCAACGCAUCAGAGCUCUGUACCACCCCAAGCUGGACAGCAGGCAUAAGGAGAAGCUCGGUAACUUCGCCAAAGCCCUCGUCGACUUGGUUGCCCACAGCCGUAGCGAAACCAGCCCGUCUUUUCUGGCGCUGGAGAGCGUCAUUCGCCACAUCCACUCUCUUGCCAAGAUGUUCCCUGUCGAAAUCGCCGUCCAGUACCGCUCUCAUCUGCAAACUAUUAGCCAGGAACGGCCGCUUGCUUUGCAUACGGGAGACUUGACGCUGUUGACUGCGAUUGGCUCGACCUUCCCCACGUCAGACCACUUCCACCAAGUCACAACUCCUGCGAUGCUCACGAUCGGACGUUACCUUGGUGGCAAGAUCCCGCACACGCUCAGCGACUAUGCCACUGGUACUUACCUGUCAACACUAGCGGUGCAAUAUCAACAGUUCUCAAAACGCUACGUCCCGGAAGUCGUGAGCUACUGCCUCAACACUCUCUGCGCCCUCUCUCCUUCCGCCCCGUCAGUUUCGGGAGGCUUCCCUAUACAUGAGCCCGCCGAGGGUAUCAGGGUUUCCAAGGCCAAGAAGGUUGAACUGCGGCAGCUCUCUCCCGCCGACUGUUCCGCCAAGGAGGUGUCCGGUGGUGAGGCUGAGGCCAUCAAGGCUGCUCUGCUGGGAACGACCGUCCAGCUCAUCGGCGCCGCCGCCGACACAUGGACCGGAAAGUCUUCCUUCAACGAGACCUUCCAGCCCGCACUGGACGUUGUCACCCACUUAAUCAGCAAGUCCUGCCGCUCCAAGCUCCCCGAGGCUCUCGGCGAGCAGAUAGAAAAGUCCAAGGCCAAGCUGGAGCGCAUGAUCAAGCUCGCCCAACUCUCGCGGCGCCCCCUCGAGCUGCACCACCACCGCCCCCUGGCAAUCAAGACAUACAUUCCCAAGUUCGAGGACUCAUUCGACCCGAACAAGCACUACGACCCCGACCGCGAGCGCGCCGAGAUGGCCAAGCUCAAGAAGGAGCACAAGAAGGAGCGCAAGGGAGCCAUGCGCGAGCUCCGCAAGGAUGCCCAGUUCAUGGCCCGCGAGAACCUCCGCAUCAAGAAGGCCAAGGACGAGGCCUACGAGAAGAAGUACAAGAGGCUCGUGGCGGAGAUCCAGAACGAGGAGGGCAAGGAGGCCAACGCCUACGAGAGGGAGAAGGAGGGCCGGAAGAGGGCGAGACACAGGUAG